GAAAAAAAUGAUCAUUGGUUUAAGAAUCUUAGUAAUCACAUUAUACCUGAUAAUGUACAAAUAUUGUUACAAUUGGGUGAGAAUUUUUGUCUUCCAAAUUAUAACAAGUUGACUACUUCCAUUGACUUUGUCAAACACAUUGAACAUAGUUUAUGUAGUAUUGGAUUACCCAAAAAUAAUACUGAUAUUUUGUUCUCUCGUGCGGACAAGGGCAAUGUAACAGUUGCACUUGAUAAACAAAAUUAUAUUGAUAAUAUGGAGUUAUUACUCUCUGACACCUAUGAAACUGUUACACGUAAUCCUGCAGUAAACAAAAUAAUCAGGGAAUUGAAUUCUUUGUUAAAGGAUUGGAAACAACAAGAAUACAUUUCUACUAGCACAUAUAACAGACUCAACUGUUCUAUAUCUGUACUACCUCGGUGUUAUGGCCUCACUAAGAUACAUAAGAUAGAUAAUCCAUUGAGAAUUAUAGUUUCUUCACUUGGUAGUCCUCUGCAUAAUUUAUCUAUUUUUCUUCAUAAAAUAAUUAAGGAAAACCUACCAUCUGCAGAUAGUUCUAUAAUUAAUAGUUUUACUUUAGCCAAAAAAAUUUCUAACUUGAAUACUACCAAUAAUACUACAUUGAUUUCAUUGGAUGUAACUUCACUCUUUACUAACAUUCCGAUUGACUUGGUACUUGACGGGAUUGAAAAUAGAUGGACAUAUAUUGAAG